UAGAACGACAACACAGAGUAUGAUGGCCGAUGAAAUUCUCUAACGACAUCCGGAGCGGCCUCACUAAGAGAUGAACGUGCAAAACGAUAAAUAAACGGAAACUUAAAAAGAAAGUGAUUGAAUAAAUUCUGUUGAUGUAGCCAUGUUAUACGGCUCAUCGUCGAACGGAUGAAUGGGAGAACUGUUAAUAACUACGGUGUGUAUUUUUUUUUAUCUUGAUGGCUUUGUGAGCAGUCGGCCAGGUCCUUUUUAAGCACGUACGUUGUGCAUAGAACUCACACAGUGCUUCGCUGAACAAAGGAACACAAGUUAUAAUCGCGCAAGUGACGUGAAGAAGAACGCAUGCCAAUGUUGGAAACAAGUUACCUGAAUGUGUUGCUUAUACAUAUUUCAAAUGUGUUCAGCCUGUUGAUGGGCGGAUAGUUGUAUUCUAUGGAUAGAUCCCGCCAUAAUGGUUCGGUAUUAUUAGAAUACAUUUAUAUAUAGCCGUACUCUGGAUGGCUGCGGAGCUGCGUAUAUUUAAACAGAGUAAACGUGCGCAAAAAAUGUGUCAGGUUAUGUAGCAAGUGUCCACUGUUAACACGAUGUAGAGGCGUGAACUGCAAGAAAAAAGCCGGUGCCGAUUGGAUUCAAUUAAGCGUGUAUAGUGUUUCAGUAUUAGUCGUUAUUAUGAGCACGAAUAUCGAAGAAAUCGAAUCUGAAGAUCAACUUCAAAGCCAGCUUGAUAUUGAAGAAAGCGAGACCGCGAACACCGAAGGUUUAAUCGAUCCGCCAGUAGAUGACAUUGAGGAGAUUCACACUCAAGCUUUACCAGCUACACAUGUGCAAUCAUCACUCGACUCAUUCCAGCGGCCCAAACAGAAGAUCCAGUGGCUGGAGAACAGCUCCUGCGCUGCUUCCAAGAAACAUUCGCUGGGUGCAGCUCUUCCGUAUGCACCUGAGGCUUACCCAGUUGUGCGAAGACAGUCGAGCCGAGCAUCUGUGGACAUUUUCAAGCCAUUCGCCGACCUUCCACGACAGUUUACCGAAGCUGUGGCGCGCUUACAGUCGACUCGAUCAAUGCAUAAUUCGCUCACAACAUCCAACAUUUACGCUGCCAAAACCUUUAGGGAUAAAAAUUCCCGAAGUUUACGUCUAAAGAUCACCGAAGUUAUCCGUUCCUGUGGAAACACCUAUGUGGACGCCCGUAGUGAAGAUGGUGAAAAAUAUAUUGUACAUCUUCCGUCGUCGACACUAGAAGGAGAUCCGCUGCCAGGAAAAUGUCUUCUUUUAGCCGAACCGUACAUUCGGCGAAAACUUCGAGACUCGUAUCUUAUAUCGCUCGUAAUUAGCGUCGAAAUCACCAGUUAGCGUUGUUUCUAUUUCUGCUUUAACAUCAUUUCAUUUUCAGUUCGGUUACAGUAGAUAAACGCAAGCAGUAAUUCUCUAUGGCAAGUCCUAGUACCAUAGCAAUCUAAGUGUAGGGUACAACGCAUUUCUCAUUGUGGCAUUCCGUUCUGAUGGAUGACCUGUUUUGGCAGUUUACACGUAUGACCAAACUAUAAUUCUCAGCUUAGUUUUGCUGUGCCAGAAUCACUCGGCUGACACGGAUGUGUUUUAAUUCUAUUAAUUAUAAUAUUGGCAAAUUCAUGAUCUCGUAACGCGAACAACAGCUUAUUAAAAAUAGAGAUUUACAUUGAAUAUAACACCGACAGGGAUUCUCGGUUCGAGUCUCUUGACAAGAUUAUUAGUCAAAAGGGAACAGUAUUCUUGCAGACAAGCAAAGUGAUAAGCUGCGCAUUAUUUCGAACGCGAGUGAGAGUCCUAGUGAUGCUAAUCUCAAGGAGGAAAAUGUGAUAUUCAACUAACGUCUCCGAAAAAAGAUCUAACUUAUUUGGGAAAGUAGAAUGUUGACUGACUGCCGGUAAUGCUAACAUUAGUAAAAAUUUCUUAUUAAAAUAGUGUUUAUUUUUAACGAGUUGCCUCACCUGUAUCUUGCUCCAGUUAAAACUGCCGGCGGCACAGAGCGGAUUUGUGCAUAGCAAAUUAACUUUUGCACAUAAACUGUACCGAUCUAAUGUAAUAAUUUCAGUAUGUUUGUCGAUCACAACGUGGAAAGAAGUUCAUAUCUGUCAUACACGUAGCGAAAAGUUGAAAUAUAUGAAGUACAUGAGAUGCGCAAGCUGAACAGAGCACAAUAUACUCUAUCAAGCAGAAAAUUGCUAUAUGUGGUUAGUACUUCGCCGCGAGCAUUGUUACAUUUACCGCUGUCAACCGAUAAAAGAGUACACACAAUAGCGACAGAAAUCGAUAUCUGAUAGUAUUUAUUACUGUUCCUUUUAUUGGCUCGAUGCUUCUUCAUUUUCUCGUCAUCUGCUGUUGCUGUCUUCCUUAUUUACGGUAGUUUGUUGUUCAUUGAAGAAAAACACAUGUAGAACACUAUAAUUAUUGUCAUUAUUAUUAUUUGGGUGUUUUUAUUUAUUGUGUAUUAUUAAUUGUAGCUAUGACAAUAAAUAUAUUAUUAGUGCUGCACUACUGUUAUCGGCGCAGCUUCAUGUUGCUCGUUUCUUAUGAUCAUAUUUGUUUGUAUGUUUCUUUCAUUUGUUUGUGUGCUGCCCUGCGUCUUUUAUUUAUUCCUUACUUCAGUCUAUGGUUUUUCAACUCAUCAUACGUGCUGCUGCAUUACUUAUGGACGCUUAUAGCAUAAUGUCGAUAGUACUAAGCAUUCGAAUAACAAUAAUAACUAUAAUAGCAAUAUUUUUUCUUGUCAUUAUCAGAGCUUUAUACGCAGUGUUCCUGUACACUAUGACAUAAGCUAACGAGCGCAAAAACGGUCAGCCCUCACGCUUUUUACCCACUUUCAUUAUCUAUAUGUUCAUCACCAGCAGUUGCUACGAUUUUACUGUCGUCAAAAUCAAUGUUAUCAUUUGCAUUCAUUAUAUUUAUUAUUAUUGUUAUUAUUAGGGAUAUGUACAGCGGGAGAGGCUCAGGUUUUCUGUAUACGGCUUCCUUCCGCUAUGCGUCGUAUUUCCUCUGUCUUCUACCACUUCUUUUUUAUCUUUUUCAAACUAAAUUAACUAGUGACCUUUUGUCAUGCUCUUUCCUCUACAACUGAUUAUAAUUGCCCAAUUUGUUUGGUGAAUCGGCGAUUUGUUCGCCGUUAUUCAUAAAUUGUCAGUUAUGUAUUUUUAUUAUUAUGUUCUAUAUUAUGCAAAAGCAGAUACAGCUGCUUCAGAAAGAGAUUGAUCUGGAUCUAGAUGCUAUAUACUGUUGUUUCCUCUUCAACUUUUCUAUCAUUUUGUUAUAUUCUGAAGAUACUCCAAGUUUAGCAAAUUUUAGUAAUGCACUAAUUCUUCAACACCAUACAAAGACGGCCUUUUCCACUUUUGCGCUGUCUGGCCAAUGAUUACGCUUUGUAACAUAAUGCAUAAGGAAUAUUGAACGACGAUAACGUCGCGUGUGAUAAUAGUAGCUCGCUUAGUAACAACAAUACUAGUAAUUAUAUGAAUAUAAUAAUUCGAAUUAUUUUUACUUAUACUGCCACUACCAGCAUGACAACAAUUCACUGUUAGUGGCGUCUCAACAGUCGCAAGUAUUACUAUCAGUUUUAUUAUUACCAUUUAGCGUUACUAUAUUCGGUAUUAUUCCGUGCUAUUAAAAAUGAAAACGCGUUCUAAUAACAUGUGAGCAACUGCUCAGAUGGCCGGGUCGCGAAUCUGACUUUCCGUACAAUUUGUGCCUGCCCAUCGGUGCGUACAUGUAAGCGAAACUGUUCAGUAUUGCUUAUGUAAGUCUAGCUGUUACAUGCCGUUCCUACGAACCAGUUUGUAUGUACGUAUUUUAAGCUUUUUCUGUUCGAUCCACCUUCGCGUUGUUUGUUGCAGUGCCACGAUUGGAUUUGCUUCGUUUUGUAUUAUCUGGAGUGACGUACUACCUCCUAGUACUAGGAUUAAUAUUAUAACAAGUAAAGUAUCUUAUCUGACAAGAUACUUCAUUUGUAUCCGAAACUCCUCUCAUGUAUACGACGUCUAUGUGCUAGCUAUUGUCUCCAUGUUUAAUUCAUUUCUAUUUUUUAAUGAUAUUUUAUGGAUAAACUUUGUUGUUGUUGUCGUUUUGAAAUCGUGUUAGUCCAACACCCUAUUAAUGUGAACUGCCAAGCAAGUUACGUCACAAAUUUUUUUUCUUUUAUCUUCUAGCGGGUAGAUUAAUGGAGAUAAUUGUUGGGAGUAGACUUGUACAGGUUAACAUGCAGUUAAUUACAUAAAUCUAGCUCGAACUGAACUGGCAUGAAACCGUGGAAUUCCAACAACGUAACAGAGAUCAGUUUAACAUUUCAAUAUGUUUUGAAAACUUAGCUUCUGUACUCACUUCUUAAGAGCCAAAGGCCAACAAUGACGACCACUGUAGUCGGCUAUUUGCUUAAAGUUGUGCCGAAGGAGUAGAAUGCGCUGUCGUGGUAGUAGCAAUAGUGUAUAUUUACUGUGAUAGUAGCGUGUACAUCAUUAAGUAUGUAUCGUCUUCAGUUCCAACUUGCAUGAUCUCCGCAAUUUUUUUCACUUCCACUAUAAAUCAUAUUUUCUUAGGGCGUGUUCCUCUUUGAAAAGAGAGAUAUGCUAUAUAUUAGACAUAUCAAAACAGUCAGUGGACAUAAAUCGUGUUUUUCACCAUUAAGAGUCCCUUAGCGCUAGCUGCAGCACUCUUUCCCAUUUAGCCCAACCAUAUCAAAAGUCCAGUUUCGACGAAUGAGAGAGAAGUUCGGUUCUAAAAACGGCAUCUGUCACAGUCGGUUAUCAUUAGAAUCGCUGAGCAACAACUAAGAUCGCAGCAGUAGUUCUAAUCAGGUGAAAUAAUAUAUAUAUGCAAUCGUGAGUUUUGCCAACGACAAUUUCUAAGGGUAUGCGCAUACUAUGUAGGUAUAGCCACUGUUUUUCUUUUAACGUGAUAUAUAGUAACAGUAUUUUUUGUUUUGUUGGUGACAGACUUCCUGUUUGUUUUUGUAGUUUGUCUGUCUGUCGUGUUAAAUAUUUUUGUUACUAGCUUAGAAUCGCUAAGGAGGGGGCCUUUACACUGCAGCCGGCGUGAAGAGAACACUAAAGGUCUCGAACUAUUUAAAGGAUACACAAGUUUAAAUUUUAUAAACAAGAGAAAAAUGGUGCGGAGAAUUUGGCGACUCGUUGAACGCUGCCUACGCAUUGUUUUUUUUAACUUUGACUUCUCGUACCCUAUGACAGUUCAUUCGUUUAGUCAUUAACGAAUUUAAAGGUUCACAAUAGAGGCGCACUCCAAUAUAGCUCAGUAUAAAUUAGUGGCUGACAAUAAACAAUGAACUGAGUUCGAUGAAAAUCACAGAAUUGGAGUUCGUUGAAGCACUGAUUAUUGUUAAACUGAUUUUUUCCCGCUCUUCUCAUCGCCUACCAUCAGCUUUCCGACUGCCUUCUCAAGCGAGAUGCACCAGUUUUAAUCAAAAUCUUUAUAUGUAAAUUAUCAGUUAGCCAUCAUUUUCUGCUUUAUGAAUUCUUUUCUUCGAUCGCCAUUUCACUGCUAAGAAAAUGCGAAUCGAAACUGUCGCCCUAAUCAACAUCUUCUCGUGAGUAAUAGCCAGCAUUAUAUCACCAGGUGCCACAAAGGCUCCGCAUCGUGUUUUACUACCGCCAUCAUGCGUUUGUUCGCUUCGAUAUCUCUGCCUCCCUCCC